AUGCCUAGCAAGCCAUUUGCGCCCCUUGAGAGAUAUCAGCCGCCGGGCUCGGAGGAGCUGGUUCACAGGAGCAACAUGAAAGGAGCAGGCAUCCUGGACGGAGUGCCCAAGGCAGGACAGGCCGACACAGCACCCAGUGGAAAACACAGCUCAUGGUUCACUGCAUCCUUUCACCCAACACAUAGUUAUCGAGCUCUGGGGAUCAGGGUCAUCAACAAAGAGCCAACAUUCCUGUGGGGUCAGAAUGUCAUUCAUGAAGGGUCUCCCCAGACCCUCUUGGCCAAAGCACUUUAUGACAACCACCCCGACUGCGCCGAUGAGCUGGCUUUCUGCAGAGGAGACAUCCUGACCAUUCUGGAACAAAAUGUGCCGGAAAGCAAAGGCUGGUGGAAGUGUCUGCUCCACGGGAGGCAAGGCCUGGCCCCUGCCAACCGCCUCCAAAUCCUAGCGGAGGCCCCCACAGACAGGCCUCGUCCCCCUUUCCUGAAAGGCCUAGACAAUGCUCCCGCCAUCUCCCAGGAGACCUACGAGGUGCCUGCCCUGCUCAACCCCUCAUCUCCUGUGUACGAGCAGAUGAAGAGUUGGGUGGAGGGGCCCCCGCCUCCCACAGUCCAAGUCUACGAAGUCCCUGACCCACCUACCUGUGCCAGAAUCGUCUGUGAAAAGACCCUAAGCUUUCCAAAACAGGCUGUCUUCAUGAUUCCCAGACCUGCUCGGACCUCAUUACCAGCCCUGGCUUGCCAGGUGUACGACGUGCCUGCUCAGAGCCGGUGCCCACCAACCCUGAAGGAGCCAGGCACGCAGCAGCUAUAUGAUAUCCCCCCCAGCCCCCAAAAGGCAGCACUGGGUCCCCCGGCCAGCCAAACAAAUAGGCAGAAUAUUCCCCCGACAUCAAGCAUCGCCUUAAGGAGGGGUGGCUGCAACACAUUGCCAAGCCCUCAGAAAUCGGAAUGGGUUUAUGACACGCCAGUGUCUCUGGAAAAGGCUGAUGUAAGAAAUGCAUCUCCAAGUAGCUCUGUGGAAAAAUCGGGGCGCCAUGCCCUCCCCAGGUGUAUGUCCAGCUUCCACAGCCCUCCGAGCAGCAGAGCAGGGACUCCCAGUGCACACCCACAGAAAAACAUACCCAUGCAGAAAAAAUUCAGCCUUCCAGAAAUUCCUUCUUAUAGCUUUCCACUAGCCAAGGGUGCAUUCCCUUUGGAUGAAGGUGUCAGCUACAAGGUUCCUUCAAGUUUUCUGAUCCCCCGAGUGGAGCAGCAGAACACCAAGCCAAAUAUUUACGACAUCCCUAAAGCAAGGCCGAGGGACCCUCAGUCUGGGAAAGAGCUGGGAAAAGCCAACAUGCCUUCAGAGAAUUCCUUGGACCAUAACUCCUCAUGGUUUUCCAGCCAGGCAGCAUCGCUGUCCCCUGAACCAGACAGCUCUUCUGUGUCCAGCUCUGACAGUAGAGCCAGCAUUCUUUCCUCCUGCUCCUCCACAUCCACUGACUCUUCGUCCAGCUCCUUCUCAGAGGAGUCAGCCAGAGAGCUCCCCUUGGACCUGGACCUGGCCAGAGAGACGGUCACAGUUCUGCAGCACAAGGUGGCCAACUCCGUCGGGGGCCUGAUGCUCUUUGUCAGUAGGAAGUGGAGGUUCAGGGACUCUCUGGAGGCCAACAUCGAUGCAAUCCGCAGGGCCGCUGACCGCACAGAGGAAUCCUUGAGAGAAUUCCUGGAUUUUGCCCAAGGAGUCUGUGGGACCACCUGCAACCUCACCAACAGUAACCUUCAGGCCAGAAUUAGGGACCAGCUACAGACGAUCUCCAACUCCUACCAAAUCCUGCUUGAAACAAAGGAAAGUCUGGAGAGCUGCGAUUGGUCCUUGGAAGUCCUUGUGACUGACAACAUCCAGAACAGCCCGGAUGACCUGGAGAGAUUUGUUCAGGUGGCACGGAUGGUUCCAGAAGACGUCAAGAGGUUUGCCUCCAUCAUCAUUGCCAAUGGGAGGCUCCUUUUCAAGCCGAACUGUGAAAAGGAAGAUCCCAUGCAAUUGACCCCAAGUGCAGAGUUUAAGCUUGCCAAAUCCAUCCAGCUUCCCAAAAGGGAGAUUGAAUCCUAUCAAAGGAACACUCCUUUUCAUAAGCAAAAAGAAAGCAAACACUCUUCUGAACUAUUAGAGAAGAACAGGACAAAUGUUUGUGAACAGAAGUUGCCUCGCCUGGAAGAGAGAGAAAAGCCCAUCUUGGAACAAAGGUCGGAUGAAAACAGAGACUUAGAAACACAGAAUUCUAGCUCCCUGGUCCCCCGGCCUUUGAGUCAGCAGAAUCCUGAGAAGAAAAUACGCCUUUCUGAACAUUGCCGCCUCUAUUUUGGGGCGCUCUUCAAAGCCAUCGGCGUGCUGAACAGCAGCCUCCAGAACAGCCAACCCCCCGAGACCUUCAUCACGCAGAGCAAGCUGGUCAUCACGGUCGGGCAGAAGCUGGUGGACAGGCUCUGCCGGGAGACCCAGGAGCGGGACGUGCGCAAUGAGAUCCUGAGAGGCAGCAGCUGCCUCUGCAGCCUGCUCAAGGACCUAGCGCUGGCCACCAAGCACGCCGUGCUCCAGCACCCCAGCCCUGCCGCCCUGCAGCACCUCCAGGCCGAAGCCAAGAAGCUGGAGCAGCAUGCACAGCAAUUCAGGGGGAUGUUGGAAUAA